UACGUUCGUCGCGGCUUGCGAACCGUGAAACCUGACCUUAACUUUUUAAAUUAAUAAAUUAUUAAUGACACUGGCUGUAUAACGUGCAGUCUUUGCCUUGUCUCGGUGGAAGAAAGUUGCCCGUGAUAAAAUGCGUGUUUGCCUUUUGAUAACGGUUUUAUUUUUAUAUAUUUCAGCGGUGUUAGCUAUAGUGGUUCAGUGCAGUUGAGAUAUUGAUACCUAAUAUUUUUAUGUAGUGUUGCAUUUCUUCGGUUUGCGGUUGGAUCAGGGGGUUACCCUGUGUUCUAAGAUAACACCAAUGCCAGUAUGCAGUCGGCACGUGAGUCUGGCCGGCAGAAGCGCAGCACCAAACGACGGAACUCAAGGAAGAAAUCCCUGUCACCGUCCGACUUAAAAUGCUCCAGAGGGGACACAAAAACGGACCCUAAAACCAGCUGCAAAAGAUCCCUAUCCGAAGGCUCAGUAAAACACAGGAAGAGUAACAUCCGCAGGACAAUGACCCAUCCGUUCACUACGUCUGACGGGGACUUUGACAUGAACCUACCCAGUGAUGUGUUGGUGAAGAGUGGUGAUGCAGUUGUGCCCGAGAGUGAUGAGUCGAACCUCCCGCCGACUAGCAGUGAUAGGGACACGGAGGAUGACGCCAGGAGUGUGCCGGUGCCCAGGGUCCAACUGACCAGGCCCAGAUGGGACUCGGGGAGCGAAAUGGACUCCCUUGUGUCUACAGUCGUAAAGAGAGCUUCAGCCAGAAGACGCAAGACGCCUGUUAACCUAGAGUGUGGUGUCAGCAGUGAGGCUGGAGAAGCGAGUGAGUCCGAAGCCGGGCGCAUGAGGCCUGAGGACUACCGCCUUGUGUUCCUGAGCUCCGACUCCUCCUGCCGUGAAGACACGGAGGACUCCUCAUCCACGGCGUCGUCUGCCGCGCCGCCGGUGCCCGACGACUGCGACUGGGACUACUUCGAGCCUGGCGCAGCCGUCUCGGCACCAACGCAGGCGGCGCCGGGACCAACCUUCAGCGACAAGAGACACAACCAGCCCUGCCCAAGACCCUGCUCGUGUGGCGCUGAACCUAGAAUAGUAGCCGUACCCGUCCCCGUACCAGUGCCCAUACCCGCCGCGCUCUGGCCCUCGAUACUCGCCUACCCGACACAGACCCCACCGACGCCACACUGGAGCACUUACCCAGGCUUUCCGAACCUCGAUGCCGCAGCAUUCGCCCGCUUCACCACGGCCGCCGCCGUUGCCGUCACCGCCGCCGCCGCAAACUCACUCCCACAAAAUAAACCUAUCGAAAUGACCACAGUAGAGAAAUUCGAUAAAGCGAGCCAAUCUGAAACGUCACACCCUGAUAACGGGGCACAUUAUAGCGAUAAACAAGAUAAGCAAAGUGUCGACCCACCAGUCGAUAUUGACGAGUCGGACAAUAUUAAAGUGAUUACCGAAGAAGACCGCCUCUCUGUGGUGUCAGGUGAAACGGAUACCAUGCCUGGCCACUUGCAAGCUGAACAUGCAUUCCCAUCAUCAGAUGAGUCGGCGAAUUCUAGCGACUCUGAAGGUGGUGUGGCGAGGAGAAGUUACGACUUGACUAGUGGGAACCCUGAAGAACCUGCGACAACAGACGAGGAUUCAGAUGAUUCCGGAGGAGGAGGUGGUGGUGCCUUUUCUCGAGUGUUUGUAGUUAAUCCGGCGGACUCUUCUUCGGAUAUGGAGGAUAACGCUGACAGUAGUGGUAUUGAUUGUGAUGACUCGUAUGACAAGAAAUCUGAUGACUUAGAAAUAAUUGCAGAGGUGGAAAUACCAAAUAAUUUAAAUAUUAUUCCUGAAAACCAUGAAAGUGAUUCGCAAAACAACGAUAACUCUGACAUCGUCUUGGUAGACUCCGUAUCAUUUAGUGAAGAAUAUCCAAUGAUUUCUUGUUCAAAUGAUCAUGGUGAAAGAAGUGAUGGUUCCCCAAGAUCCAAUUUUAAAAAGUUUUGUGAUGAAAACAUGCUUCAAAGUGAAAUUUGUGAGACAUACAAUAGUUUUAAUUUAAGUGCCUCUUCAAGUAAUCAAAAUGAUAAUUUAGAUAGCGAAAUUAUCGAAGACAGCAGUCGAACAAUAAGUUUGUGUGAAAAUAAUGAUCUAGAUUCAAUCAGCACAAUAUCCUUAUCAGAAAAUGAGUGCAAUAAAAAACAUACCGACAACAAUGUACAAUCAUGCGCCGAAUCGGGACAAAUAUCGUGCAAAUUAUCACCAUCCCCCGUACCUGAGGAAAAACCUGAACAAAGUCCUUUAUCAGAUAAAAAUCUAGACCUUUUCAAAGGCAUUGAGCGAAAACUAAGUGAGCUAUUGAUGAAAGAGUCGCUGGACGAACCACAACAGGAGGAGAAACUUCACGAGCAGCCGGUUUGCACAACGGAGGGGGGCGCGAGCGCACCUGCCGCGACAGUUUGCCGCUCGCGCACGGCUGAUGCGGACGGGUCCGCGCGCUUCACGAGUCGCGUUAUGAUAACACACGACCGCGUCUCCGUCGUGACGUCGGACACGACGCGGCUCAUGCGAGACAUAACAGUGCAUCACACCAACUCGCAAAACAUAUCGGCGGGUGCCUCGACUGGAUCGCAGAACGAAAACGACGAACGAAUUUCCGACGAUGAAUCGCAACCUUCUGGUGGAGUGACUGUUGUUAGCAAUGCAGACACUCUCUCGGCGGUCGUGUGCCUCGAGGAGGGGCUCGCUGACGACGACUCGUGGGUCGAGGACGUCAGCCACGACGAGGACGCGACGUCACCCUCCGACUCUGACUCAGGGGAUGAAGCCUCCCUUCCGACAAGGGGUGAAGAGUUUUCAUACUGUCGGCGAUCGUUGGAUUUUACCUUACAUACUAUAGUGGAAGAAAGUUGUGAAGAAAGUGAGGCCGAACCUACAAGUAAAAAACAACGACCGAUUUCCGCUACUGAGUUGGAAAAAUACUUUUUCUUCGGUUUAGGAGAUGGUCGAACUGUGCGCGACGAAGAGGAUGAGCCUGAAGAUUCUGAGACGUCAAGUGUGUGUAGUGAAGGUGACGGUGGCUCUGGGGCCGGAUCUAUCGUUGAUAACGAAAAACCGGAACACAGUGGUGAUAACGAUGAGCUAGUCUCUUCUCGCCUAGAAAAAUAUUUUUUAUCCGGUUUUAUGGGAUUUAGUCAAGAACGACAAAAUUCAGAUGGCUCCGAGAGUGUAGGCAGUGAUAGUGAAGGUAAACAAAGUCCGGAACAUCGAAGAAAACGUCUGGUACGAGCCCGGGGUACACCGCGCUCUCACUCAUCAUCCCUAGAUAAUUUACUAACGGGCGAAGAACCGUCUGCAGAUGUGCAAGAGGUAUCUGAUGGAUCAAGUACGGAAACUGAAGAACGCCAUGACUCGUCAGAAAGGCUCGAUAUGCAAAAUGAUUCAAAGAGAAAAAAACAAAACAAAAAGACACGAGGCUCGCCAGCCGACGAGCGCAGGCUAUCGACUGAAUUUACCGAAGAAGCUAGAGAAGAUACAAGGUCAGUGUCGGAAGGAGAAGAUGGGAGGUUAUCACCAUUACCAGAGUUCCCACCGCUCGGAUGUGACCUAUCAGAGUCUAAAAAACAAACUAGCAGAGAUAGCGGUUUCGUUGGAAGUUGCGAUGACUUACUGCGCAACGGCGAUUCUAGUUCAGAUUUCGCAAGAUCUCACGAGCCUAAAACAGAAUUAGAAGAAAUUGUAGAAGAGAUAAGACCUGAUAUUGAAGAACGUAUAGAACCACCUCGGUUUAGGCCAAUGCCUACCGCCUUAUCACGAAAAGAUAGCUUUAACAACUGGUCGUCAGAUGAAGAAACAAAUUUAAUGAUGACCAAGAUGCGACAAUUUUUUAAACAGAUGGUAGCGUCAAACAAUGUAAGAACAUCAACACCAGCUUCAUCUAACUCCGAGAGUUCCAAACAAUCAAAACCACCGCAGUUAUUAUAUUUCGAGAGCGAAUUGACAAGGUUAAUGAAAACAGUUCCUGGAAUAAAAGAUGAAGAGGUCCGCGAAAUUGUUGAAUAUUUAUCAAGCGAGGACACAUGGAGUGACUCUUAUGACUCAUCAGAUUAUGCCGGCUCUGACUUAGAAAGUAGCGCAACGAAGUCAGCCUUGCGGCGACAAAUAUCCGAGAGCUGCCGGGAAAUAAUUGACGAAUUUGACCGAGGCAAUUGUGACGCGGGAUCGCUGGAGCGAGACGCGGCGGGGGCGUACCAAAGAUUGGCGGCAACGUUGGGUCGCGCUGGCGAGGGAUCACCUCCUUUGUUUGGAAAAGUGAUGCGUCAUAUAGGUGGUAGGUUAGUGGCUCUAAUGCAUGAAGUGUCAGCCGGUGCAUCGGCCAGUACGGACGACGACAGUGCAUCCGAGCCCGGCGCGUUGGCUCGUAGUCGUUCGGACGAUAUCUUGGAGGCUGCGGCCAGUAGGGGAAGUGUGGCUAGUGACAGUGAAAGGUUUUCGUGGCGAGGUAGUUUCGAGUCUGCCCUAUUGGCGGCUGAUUCGAGAGGUACUCUCCGUGGUGUUGGAUGCGAGGCUCGCCGGUCUCCCGCGGGCGUGGAGCUGGCCGCCCAGAGGUCCCACUCGAGGAGUUGCGGCGCCAUCAGCGGCAGUGAGGACCGCCUGUGGCGCGGCCGGCGGCGGGCGUCGGCCCCUGAUGCUGAGUCCGAAGAGGAGCAGCGUUCAGGGUCUCUCCCCCGUCUGCCGUCAGUCGUCCACAACACCACAGCUCCGGCCGGACCGGUCAAGUCUGCCCGGUACCGCGCGCCAGGGUUCCGUACCGCCACCAGGGCUGCAUCAGCUCCAGGGCUGCAUGCUCCGAAGAGGCGCCGACAAGUGCCCACCGCACCCCACCAGCCGUCGUCGGCCGGGCCUGGAUCCGCCCCCAGUUUGCAAGAUGAAUCAUACGUAUCAGAGAACCUGUCACCUGGACAUGCCACCCUACCCAGGAGGUCUAAUUCUCCGUCACCCCAUGAACGGGAUCUGGAUAGAGAUUCCAGAUUUUCACUCAGUAGAAGUGGACUGCAGAAUCGGUCAGAAUCCAUGGCAUCGGUGUACUCCGGAGCCGGCGAGGGUACCAGGGCGUCAGUGAUGGUGAAGGGGGAGGUGCAGUUCUCUCUGCUCUACAACUAUCGAAUGGGCGCGCUAGAAGUUGGAGUGCGGCAAUGCCGGGAUUUGGCAUCUGUUGACACCAAGAAAAACCGGUCUGAUCCUUACGUUAAGGUGUACCUACUACCGGACAAGUCCAAAGCCGGCAAGAGGAAGACAAAGGUGAAGAAGAACACCCUGAACCCAGUGUUUGACGAGACCCUGAGCUUCGUGCAGCCGCUGGCCUCGCUGUCCGCGCGGACACUGUGGCUUAGCGUGUGGCACGCAGACAUGUUUGGCAGAAACGACUUCCUGGGAGAAGUCACGUUGCCGCUGGCCGAUGUCGUCUUCGACGAUCCCGCGCCCACGUGGUACAAGCUGCAAGAGAGGACGGAGAUAUUCGACGAGAACCAAGGCACCCGCGGUGACCUGAUCAUCGGGUUGAAGUUUGAGCUCCAAGAGCCCACAACUGGCAACAUCUCCAGGAAUAAAGGCACUCUUCAUGUCCUCGUGAAAGAAGCAAAGAACCUCGUGGCCACCAAACCUUCGGGGACCGCCGAUGUAUUCUGUAAAAGCUACCUCUUACCCGAGCGGGGUCGUCUGGCCAAACAAAAGACGAACGUGUCUCGAAGGACGCUGAGCCCUCGCUGGGAGCACACGUUCACAUACCGAGGGGUCACGCUACAGGAGCUGGGCACCCGGGCGUUGGAGCUGAGUCUGUGGGACCGCGACCGGCUGGCGUCGAAUGAGUUCAUGGGCGCUGUGAGGCUGUCGCUUGGCACUGGAGCCUAUAUGGGAGCCAGUGUAAACUGGAUGGACAGUUCCGGAAAAGAAGUCACCUUAUGGCAGACGAUGAUGCAACGACCAAACUUCUGGGUAGAGGGAUCUUUGGCACUCAGGCCCCAACUCAGUAGUUAGACUAAGACCUAAGUUUUUUUUUCUUAAUAAGGAGGUUUUGUUUUAGAGAUACUGCGCAAUAAAAUCCGUAGAAAAGUCCGAGCAUCUUGCAUAGAUUUUAUGAAACCUGUAAAUUUUUAAGCUAGUUAGCUCGAGCGUUGAGAAUUUUUAAACAAAUAUAGAUUUUUCUAACGAAAGUUUUACUUUUACAUUAUAUUUACUACCUACUAUUUUAGGAAAACGAAUUUAUUGUACUCAUAUUAUGACUUUAAUACUCCUCUUCCAAUUAUUUCACUUUUCUUCGCUAUCCUUUUUUUGUCUUCGUUUAAAGUUGUGAAUGAAGUUUUAAAUGGACAAUAACUAAAAAUCUUCAGCAUGUAACAUUAGGUAUAAUAUUAGUAGUCUACUUUAUUUGAUAAUGUAACUUAAUGCAUUUAAAAUAGAGUUAAUCAUAUUUGUACAAAGUUCACAUGAGCUUGUAAGGUCCAGUUAAUGCGUAUUGUGAUUUAAUUACUUAAUUUAAUAAUUAAUUAAUUAGAUUGUAUAAAUGGAAAUAAGUUCUUUUUGUAUGAUGGUGAUAUAUGAAUGUUUUAAACUUUUUCACUUAACGUAUACCAAUAUGGUAAUACUUAUUAUCAAAACGUCCAUAGUUUAAGUAUGAAAUAACAACCUUUAAUAUUAUAAUUAUUAUAUUUUGGUACAUACUCUAAUGAAAAGGGUACCUAAGUAUUUUUAUAUGAAUAUUUUGAAUUCAACUCUGCGAUAUUAAUAAACGAAUUAAUAUUGAAUAUAUAAUUAA